AUGCUCAGCUUCUGUCCGCACUGCGCGAACAUGCUGCUGGUGGACCACUGCCCCGAGGGCGGUGGCCUCAAGUUAUACUGCCAGACCUGCCCCUACGAACACGCCAUCACCGAGACCAUCAGGGACCCCAUCAAGAUUGCGCGGAAGCAGGUGGACGACGUGCUGGGAGGCGACGACGCGUGGAAGAACGUGGACAAGACCUCCGCGACGUGCCCGAAGUGCGACCACGGGCAGGCAUACUUCAUGCAGAUUCAGAUUCGAAGCGCGGACGAGCCCAUGAGCACCUUCUACAAGUGCUGCAAGUGCGCGAACCAGUGGAGGGAGGGUUGA